AAUUCAGACUUAGUCCAUCUUUUGAAAUUAUCUUUGAUUGUCUCAAAUUACAUACCAUGCCAUUGACUCUGUACCCAAAAGACACCUAGAAGAAGCUCAAGUAACGACAAGAGGGUCAAAUUCAGAAUCAUGGUUCACAAUUCACACACCCAAAAGAAUAAAGAACUGAUUUUUCCAUUAUGUGGUUGUUCUUCUGCUGAUUAGCCUCUGCAGUACUAAUCUUCUGCAAGAUGAUUUCAUUGCUUGAAUAUCAAGAAAGAUCAAAGAAUGGUUCGUCAAGCUGAUUUAGUUAUCAUUGGUGUCUCUGUUGGUGUAGCCCUUGGGAUUCUGAUAUCUUGCCUCAUAUUUUUCGGCAUAAGGUGGUACAGGAAACGUGCUCAUCUUAGACGAUCUGCAAAUGAACGUAGUCUAACAACCCUUCCAAUACGAACAAAUGGAUUGGGAACAAGCUCUGACUUUAGUGCAUCUCUCACUAGUUCCAUAGCCACUUCAAGGUCAGAAAACCUACAGAAAUAUUCCCAUUUCUCUUGGUGGAACCAUCAAAGAAAAGAUCAGUUUGCUUCAGCAUCAGGCAUUCUAAAGUACUCAUAUAAAGAAAUUCAAAAGGCUACGCAAAAUUUCACAACUACCUUGGGACAAGGAUCAUUUGGCACAGUUUAUAAAGCCACAAUGCUUACGGGAGAGGUGGUAGCUGUGAAGGUUCUUGCACCCAAUUCCAAACAAGGGGAGAAAGAAUUCCAAACAGAGGUGCUUCUGCUAGGAAGACUGCAUCAUCGGAAUCUUGUGAAUUUGGUAGGAUAUUGUGUAGAUAAAGGACAGCGCGUACUGGUUUAUCAGUUCAUGAGUAACGGAAGUUUAGCAAAUCUUUUAUAUGGUGAAGAAAGGGAAUUGAGUUGGGAAGAAAGGCUGCAAAUUGCUAUUGAUAUUUCACACGGAAUAGAAUACCUUCAUGAAGGAGCAGUCCCACCCGUCAUACAUCGCGAUUUGAAGUCUGCCAACAUAUUGCUAGAUCACUCAAUGACAGCUAAGGUUGCUGAUUUUGGGCUUUCAAAGGAAGAGAUCUUUGAUGGCAGGAACUCUGGUCUUAAAGGUACUUAUGGUUACAUGGAUCCAGCAUACAUUUCCACAAGCAAGUUGACAGUGAAGAGUGACAUAUACAGUUUUGGUAUCAUAAUUUUCGAGCUCAUCACUUCCAUCCACCCACAUCAAAAUUUGAUGGAAUAUAUUAACCUUGCUGCAAUGGAUUAUGAUGGUAUAGAUGGAAUACUUGACAAGCAACUUGUGGGAAAAUGCAACCUUGAAGAAGUGAGGCAGCUUGCUAAAAUUGCACACAAAUGCUUGCACAAAUCACCCAGGAAACGCCCCUCUAUAGGUGAGAUUUCACAGAAUUUGUCAAGGAUAAAGCAAAGGCGUCAGCGUCGUCUGACAGAAGAUACCUUGUCAUUUGCAAGCAAUAACUUUUCCAGAGCUGUGAGUCGAUUUGAAGAACAACAGGUUGAAUUAAGUAGGAUAGCCACCAGGAACCUCACUGAAAAUGUAUGAACACCAUUGUAGUACAUUGUGGGGGUCAAGUUUACAGCUAAUCUAAUGAAACAACUACUAGUUUACCACAAAAAGUAAUGUAUUACUGCAAAAUAUGGAAAUAGAUAUCCAAAUUCUAGGAAAAUGUAGUUCUUUUUAUGGCAGUUUUAGCUCAUGGAGUGGAAGGCAAAUUCACUAUUUGACCUGUGACAAUUCUGAUGCCA